AUGCACUCCAAGACUGCUCCAAGGUUCCUGGUGCUCCUGCUUCCUAUCCUGCUGCUGAUCCUGGCUGCCCCACCUGUGGCUAGCAAGGGCUGUGUCUGCAAAGGCAAAGGACAAUGCCUCUGCACGGGGACCAAAGGGGAGAAGGGGGAGAAGGGCUUUCCUGGUUCCCCUGGAUUUCCUGGCCAGAAAGGAUUUCCAGGUCCUGAAGGCUUGCCUGGACCACAGGGACCCAAGGGCUUCCCAGGACUUCCGGGACUCACUGGCCCCAAAGGCAUCAGGGGAAUAACUGGACUACCAGGGUUUGCAGGUCCUCCUGGACUUCCAGGCCUCCCAGGCCACCCUGGGCCACGUGGGCUGGCUGGUUUACCAGGAUGCAAUGGUUCUAAGGGUGAACAAGGAUUCCCAGGCUUUCCGGGCACACCAGGCUAUUCAGGGCUCCCAGGUCCUGAUGGCUUGAAAGGACAAAAGGGUGAGCCUGCUCAAGGAGAAGACAGGGGAUUCUAUGGAAAAGGUGACCCUGGGCCUCCAGGGGUUCCAGGCUUCCAGGGCUUUCCAGGACUCCCAGGUUUUCCAGGGCCUGCUGGUCCACCAGGACCUCCGGGAAUUUUUGGUUUACCAGGAGCGAUGGGACCCAGAGGACCCAAAGGUGGCAUGGGAGAUUACAUGAUAGGACAAAAAGGAGAAAGGGGUAUGAAAGGAUUAACAGGACCUCCUGGGCCACCAGGAACAGUGAUUUUUACACUCGUCCACCCAUACAACAAAUCAGACUUCAAGGGAGAGAAAGGAGAUGAGGGAGAGACGGGUGAACCUGGACCUCCUGGACCCUCGGGGCCGCCUGGAGAUUCCUAUGGAUCAGAAAAGGGUGCGCCUGGAGAGCCUGGUCCUCGGGGCAAACCUGGAAAAGAUGGUGCCCCUGGCUUCCCUGGCACUGAGGGAGCCAAAGGCAACAGGGGCUUUCCUGGGUUGAGGGGUGAAGCCGGCAUUAAGGGGAGGAAAGGAGACAUUGGCCCCCCGGGAUUUCCUGGUCCAACAGAAUAUUAUGACGCAUACCUGGAAAAGGGAGAGAAAGGAAUGCCUGGCCCGCCUGGGCCCAAAGGAGCCCGUGGCCCACAGGGUCCAAGUGGUCCCCCUGGAGUCCCUGGAAGUCCUGGACUGUCAAGGCCUGGACCCAAAGGACACGCUGGAUGGCCAGGCUUGAAAGGGUGUAAAGGAGAGAGAGGACCCCCUGGAAAAGACACUGUGGGUCCUCCUGGACCCCUGGGAUGUCCUGGCUCACCAGGUCCACCAGGCCCGCCAGGACCGCCAGGACCUCCAGGUGACAUUGUUUUUCAAUGUUCCCCUGGUGAGCAUGGAGCACCAGGCAAUACAGGACCUCCAGGAGAUCCAGGACUUGAUGGACCCAAAGGAGAACCAGGCAGUCUGUGCACUGAGUGUCACUGCUUCCCAGGGCCCCCUGGAGCCCCAGGCUUUCCAGGAUUAGAUGGUGUCAAAGGAAUCCCAGGAGGACGAGGUGCGCCUGGUCUGAAGGGAAACCCAGGGUCCCCAGGAAGUGCAGGUCUCCCAGGAUUUGCAGGAUUCCCAGGUGACCAAGGGCAUCCAGGACUUAAAGGAGACAAAGGGGACACACCUCUACCCUGGGGGCAAGUGGGUGAUCCUGGUGAUCCUGGACCCAGAGGCCUGCCCGGGAGAAAGGGCUUUGAUGGAAUUCCUGGAGGUCCAGGAGCGAAAGGACCACCAGGACCUCGGGGUGAACCGGCCCUGAGUGGAAGGAAAGGGGACCAGGGACCUCCAGGACCUCCUGGAUUCCCUGGACCCCCAGGACCUGCAGGACCAGCUGGACCACCGGGCUAUGGACCCCCAGGAGAGCCAGGUCCAAAGGGAGCCCAAGGAGUCCCCGGAGUCCUGGGACCACCCGGAGAAGCCGGUCUUAAAGGAGAACCCAGUACAUCAACUCCAGUUCUAGGUCCUCCAGGCCCUCCAGGGCCCCCUGGUCGGGCUGGCCCCCGAGGUCUACCUGGUUUACCUGGACCUGUGGGAGAGUGUGACCCUGGUCUCCCUGGACCUGAUGGUGAACCAGGAAUUCCAGAAGUUGGAUUCCCAGGGCCUCCAGGGCCUAAGGGAGAUCAAGGUUUCCCAGGGACAAAGGGAUCACCUGGUUGUCCUGGGGAAAUGGGAAAGCUUGGCCGUCCUGGAGAGCCAGGCGUCCCAGGAGCCAAGGGAGAACCAUCCGUAGGCAGGCCUGGGGAACCGGGGAAACCAGGCUUUCCAGGAGAAAGAGGCAAUGCUGGGGAAAAUGGAGAUAUUGGACUCCCUGGUCUCCCAGGCCUCCCUGGAACUCCAGGAAGAGGCGGGCUUGACGGACCUCCAGGAGACCCAGGACAGUCUGGACCACCCGGAGCAAAAGGGUCCCCAGGAAGGUGCAUACCAGGACCCAGGGGUACCCAAGGACUUCCAGGCUUGAAUGGAUUGAGAGGGCAACCAGGUAGAAGAGGUGAUACCGGGCCACAGGGAGACCCUGGCAUCCCAGGCAUGGACAGGUCUGGGGUCCGUGGAGAUCCUGGACCACCAGGAACACCAGGUCGUCCUGGUGAGAUGGGACCACCUGGCCAAAAAGGAUAUCCGGGAGCUCCAGGAUUCCCAGGGCCACCAGGCGAGAAAGGAGAGGUUGGAAUGAUGGGUUGUCCUGGAACCACUGGCCCUCCCGGGCGUCCUGGGAAACCAGGCUCGCAGGGGCAGAGAGGUAGCCUCGGAGUCCCAGGAAUGAAAGGGGAAAGAGGACGCCCAGGAGCCAAAGGCGAACGAGGAGAGAAAGGAAAGCCAGGGCCUUCCCAAGCAACACUCUUAAAGGGAGACAAAGGCGAGCCUGGACUUAAAGGAUUUGUCGGAAAUCCAGGUGAGAAAGGAAACAGAGGCAACCCAGGGUUACCAGGUCCGAAAGGCCUCGAGGGGUUGCCUGGGCUACCAGGCCCUCCAGGCCCUAGAGGAGAUAUGGGGAACAGAGGAAAUCCUGGAAGACCAGGACCACACGGCAUGCCAGGAAGCAUGGGGAACAUGGGAGUGCCAGGCCCUAAAGGGAGAAAAGGAACUUCAGGACUUCCAGGUCUAGCUGGAAGACCAGGCCUGCCAGGAAUCCAUGGUCCCCAAGGAGAUAAGGGGGAGCCAGGUUAUUCAGAAGGUGCCAGGCCAGGACCUCCAGGACCAAAGGGCGAUCCAGGAUUGCCAGGUGACAAAGGAAAGAAAGGAGAAAGAGGCCUACCUGGGCCACCUGGACGAUCGGGGCCUGCUGGACCUGAUGGAGCCCCUGGAAGUCCUGGGAGUCCUGGCCACCCAGGGAAACCAGGUCCUGCUGGGGAUUUGGGUCUGAAAGGACAGAAAGGCUUCCCAGGCCCUCCAGGAAGCACUGGCCCUCCAGGCCCUCCAGGACUCUCAGGACUUCCUGGGCCAAUGGGUAUGAGAGGUGACCAAGGACGUGAUGGAAUUCCCGGACCUCCAGGAGAAAAAGGAGAAACAGGCUUGCUGGGGGCCCACCCAGGCCCAAAAGGGAGCCCUGGUGUGCCAGGUGCCAAAGGAGACAGGGGAGUUCCAGGCUUGUUUGGUCUUCCUGGCAGGAAGGGGGCCAUGGGGGAUGUUGGACCCCAAGGACCCCCAGGCACUGCUGGACUCCCAGGGCCACCAGGUCUACCUGGGGCAAUUGUCCCUGGCCCAAAAGGAAACAGAGGUCUUCCUGGCUUAAGAGGAAAUCCAGGCGAGCCAGGUCCCCCUGGACCUCCAGGACCUAUCGGAAAAGGCAUAAAAGGUGACAAAGGAUUUAUGGGCCCACCUGGCCCCAAAGGUCUGCCUGGAACUGUAGGGGACAUGGGCCCACCAGGUUACCCGGGAGCACCAGGUACCCCCGGCCUUCCCGGUGUUAGAGGUGAUCCAGGAUUCCCCGGAUUUCCAGGCAUAAAAGGAGAGAAGGGUAACCCUGGAUUUCUUGGGCCAAUUGGACAUCCAGGACCAGUUGGACCAAAAGGACCACCAGGUCCACCUGGAAAACCUGGCACUCUUAAGGUCAUCUCCCUUCCAGGAAGCCCAGGGCCACCUGGUGCACCUGGACAGCCAGGAAUGAAAGGAGACCCUGGACCUCUGGGACCACCAGGAAUCCCAGGACCCUGUGGGCCAAGAGGUAGACCAGGCAAGGAUGGGAAACCAGGAACUCCAGGACCAGCUGGUGCAAAGGGCAGCAAGGGCUUGAAAGGACAGCAAGGCCCACCUGGUCUGGAUGGAUUGCCAGGUUUAAAGGGAAAUCCUGGUGACAGGGGAAUGCCAGCCACUGGUACAAGAAUGCAAGGCUUCAUCUUCACCCGACACAGUCAAACCACGGCCAAUCCUUCAUGCCCUGAAGGAACACAGCCACUCUAUAGUGGGUUUUCUCUUCUUUUUGUACAAGGAAACGAACGUGCACAUGGACAAGACCUUGGUACUCUGGGCAGCUGCCUGCAGCGAUUCACCACAAUGCCGUUCUUAUUCUGUAACAUCAAUAAUGUAUGUAACUUUGCAUCACGAAAUGAUUAUUCAUACUGGCUGUCAACACCAGCUCUGAUGCCAAUGGACAUGGCUCCAAUUAGUGGCAGAGCUCUCGAACCCUACAUUAGCAGAUGCACCGUCUGUGAAGGUCCAGCAAUGGCCAUAGCUGUCCACAGUCAAACUACUGCUAUCCCUCCAUGUCCCCAGGACUGGGUUUCUCUCUGGAAAGGUUUUUCUUUCAUUAUGUUCACAAGUGCAGGCUCUGAGGGUGCUGGACAAGCACUCGCCUCACCCGGCUCCUGCCUGGAGGAAUUCCGAGCCAGUCCAUUUAUAGAAUGCCAUGGACGAGGAACAUGUAACUACUACUCAAACUCCUACAGUUUCUGGCUGGCUUCGCUAAACCCAGAAAGAAUGUUCAGAAAACCUAUUCCAUCAACUGUGAAAGCUGGAGACUUGGAGAAAAUCAUAAGCCGCUGUCAGGUGUGCAUGAAGAAAAGACAUUGACAAAAUCAAAGAAACCAGACCCGCAUUUUGUUCCUUCUUAAGUAACAAAGUCAUGACUUAGAACAUGCAUUUACUUAGGUCUUUCUCUCUAACCUUAAAGAUGUAGUAGUGCAAAGUUUCACCACACAAGAAAGCAUUUCAUUCAAGUUAGUCUGUGAUGUGGGUCUCUUAACCUGUAGGUUUCAAAGUUCCCUGUGGAAAGGCAACAGCUUGCCAUAGAAUAUCACUGAAAUCACAUCCCAGUUGUACCCAAAGCACUGACUAAAUGUCGAUUGUGUGGAACUUGAACUACAAGCUAAGAGAGGUCUGUCCUGUGGAUGCACAGUGUGUUCCUUGUCUCCCACUCCUGAGCAAAGGAGUGUGCUUCCUUCCACCUCCUCCCUGAGACUUCAGCUAGAGAAGGAGAAGGGGGCAUACAUAAAUUAAGCACACUAUGAGAAGAACUGGAGGGUUAGAACUGUUGAGUGCUAUAAGGGCUAGAACACAGAAUAACUGAGGCCCCAUGAUGUUUCAGGCCUCAUUUAAAUAUGCACAAGGCUAGGGCCAAAGGAAACUUCCUGAAGGGAAUCAUAACAGGCUUGGAUAUAAAGGACAGUUUUGUUUUCUGUUUUGUUGACGAUGUCUAUUUGCUAGUUCACUGAGUUCUUUUUACUAUGUCAAUAGAUUCAAAGCCAGUAAAACAUUUACCCUCGGGCAACUAAUUUUUACUAGGAUGUCAUCCUCAUACAUUGAAACAUUUCUCUUUAUUUUUUUCAAUGAACUCACAAGUAACAGGGAGACUACUUACUAAAUGUGCACUUUAUUCCCGUUCCUAUAAACACUGACCUUAAAUAACUUCACCAGGAAAUAAUGAGGUACUUGCUGGUUUAUCAGACACAAACAUUUUUCUUUACUCCAAACAGUACGUAACAUGGAUUUACAGAUUUGUUCCUUUGUUAGUUUUUUAACUUUUCCUUUGGAAAACACACACGUACGCCAUGAUUUUUAUGUUAUAUAUUCUUAGCAACCAUGUGGAGAGAGAGACCACGGGGUAAAACCUUACUGUACUGUACACAGCUGCUAUGUCUUUAAACAUGUUCUUGAGUAUACAGAUACAUUCCACAGUUACUUAAUUCUGCUUAACAAGUUAUUUUCUUCAGUACCCAAACUAUGUUCCAUAUACUGUACUGGAUGGGCGGUGCAGGGGGUAGUGAGAGAGACUUGCUACUGAUCUAACCUCAAAGAAGAAAACAAAUCUCAUAGUAAAGACUCUCACGCAUGCAAGAAUCCCAUCCUCCACCUCUUCACCCCCUUCCCUACACCGAAACCGAACGAAGGGUCUCAUCUAUGGUUGUAGUUUUAUUCUUCCCUUACCUCUGUUUCACAGUUCAGCAGGCCUGAUAGAAGGUUGCUCUUGCAGAAGCCCCUGGUUCAGUUCUCAGUACCCACACUGGUACUGGUUCACAGUAGCCUCUUCCAGAUGAUCCAACAUCCACUUCUGGCCUCUGCACCCACACUUAGCCAGAUAUACAAAAGUUUUAAAACUUUUAAGGUAAGAUUUAUGCUCAGGCUAAUAUUAAGAAAUCGGGAACUUUUGAAUAAUCAAAUAGUGUCGUACUAUUUGAUGACUCAAAGAGGCCAGGCAUUGUGAGGCAAAGCUUUGAGUGUAUUUCUCCAUCCAUGGAAGUGGACGUGAUGGUGCUGAUACUUAAGUUCAGGCUGGUGCUGUAAAGUCAACUGCUUUGUAUUUGGAAAAAAAUGUGACCCAAGAGCACAGACAAGGGUUGUCAGUCUUUACCACUCGUGUGACUGCUACAAGGCAUUUUUACGCCUGAGCUGAGAUGUGCAACAUCUCAUUACAAGUAUGUGUAUUUUAGCUAACAUUUUUGUUUGAAAAAUAUCCCAGAUAUAUUCCAGUAGUGAAAACAAGCGACUAAUCUCCUUGGCCAGUGGCCAGUGUAAGAGCAGCAGCUGUAGCAUCUAGGAGCUUGUCCUAAUUGCCCAUUGUAGAGCAUUCUAAACCUGCAAAAUAUGAAACUGUAACUAGCAAACAGAAAUCUGUGUUUUGUUUUGAUGAGAAGCAUCUCAUUGUAUAGUAUAACCCAGGCUGACCCCCCAAAUCACCGCAAGUUUUCUGCCUCAGCCACCCAGAAUUUGGUUUUCAAAGUUUUCAUCAUCCUCUGGUGUUCUCCACUCAAUAGGCACACAUCCAAGAAACUGGCCAUAAUCCUUUCACCUUUGUCUCUUUUUAAAACUCACUGGUGACUUUCAGGGUAAUCUAGAAAUGCUAGACUGGUGCUGAUGUCACAACAGCUACCCUUCAUUUGCCCAUAGGCCCCUUUCUUCUCCUGUCCUCUUAUCAGUAUUUUAAACAGGUGAUACUGGACACCUUAAUGCCCAAAGAAGCCAUAUCAACAGUCAGUCAUUUGUACAUCUAAGAGUGAGCAAUAAAAUACAGCCCAUGCUUAUUACUUCCCAGGUGUUUAUGAGUAAAUUAUAAAUUUAAAAUUUAAUUUCCUAUGUGGCUGGAGAAAUGGUUCAGUAGUUAAGAAUGCUGAUUUCUCUGCAGAGGACCAAGUAUAGUUCUCAAUACCCAGGUAAUGCAGCUCAGGACUGCUCAAAGGGACCCAGCUGGCCUCCAAGGACACCCACACAUAAGUGCCAUUCACUAGCACAGGCACUACCACAUAAAUAAAGAUAAAUCUUUCAACUGAUUUCAAAUUUUUGACUGAUUAACAAAAUGUUUGUUUCAAUUUUGGUGCUUCAACUUUGGAAUUUCACAGUGUGCUAAAACAACCAACUUGUCAAUUGUUCUUAUUUUUUGCGAGAUAAAACAUUAUUAAUUUAUUUAUAA